UAUUAAAUCUUUAUUUUCUUUCCCUUUUCUCUAUAAUAUUUUUCCUUCCGCUCGUUCCCCAUUUUCGGUUCAUUUCUCCCUUUAUAGGAACGAUCCCCUAAAUUAUUUUUUGUUAAAAUUACCCUUUGCUGAAACGUAGUUUGGAGUCUGCAAUAUUGGCUUAAAAUGUCUUCCCCUAGCAAGAGGAGGGAAAUGGAUGUAAUGAAGUUGAUGAUGAGUGAUUACAAUGUAGAAACAAUAAAUGAUGGGCUCAACGAAUUCAAUGUCAAGUUUCAUGGUCCCAAAGAAAGUCUCUAUGAAGGUGGGGUUUGGAAAAUCCGGGUUGAGCUUCCGGAUGCUUACCCAUUCAAGUCUCCUUCUAUUGGAUUUGUGAACAAGAUAUUCCACCCAAAUGUUGAUGAACUGUCUGGUUCUGUUUGCUUGGAUGUUAUUAACCAAUCAUGGAGUCCAAUGUUCGAUCUUUUAAAUAUUUUUGAAGUUUUUCUUCCACAGCUCUUGCUUUAUCCAAAUCCUUCAGACCCUCUAAAUGGGGAUGCAGCAUCAUUAAUGAUGAAGGAUCGAAAGCAAUAUGAUCAAAAAGUAAAAGAAUACUGUGAGCGAUAUGCAAAGAAAGAAGACAUCACGAAAUCCGCAGCUGACAAGGAAACUGAUGACGAGGAUGACAUCACUGAUGAAGAUACUGGAUCUAGUGAUGAUGAAAUUGCUGGACAUGCAGAUCCAUAACCUACCUUGGAAGAUCUGGCUUCUACGAAUUAAACAUUUGAUAAAAGCGAUGAUGAACCCCCUUUGUUGUUCUCAUCGGCAUAUAUUAGAUAAAAAUAGAACUGGCAAGUAAAGUUAGUGAUUUCAAUAUGGUAGGGCUUAAAAGGAAAAAAAAAAAGCAAUAACUAUUGAUACAUUAAACUCAAAUAUUCUUAUUAAACACCAGCUUGUAUCUUCUUUCCCCGUAGAUCCUGUACUAAGGGAAUACAUGGUCAUGUAUUUGUAUUUGUAUGUGGUUGGUAUUUGAUUAAAUUUGAAUAAAGAUUUUAGUAACAUUUGUUUUUA